AUGGACUUGCUUCAUCAAGAUCACUGGAACAGACUUCAUUCUCAUUCGAUCACUACAUACUUCUUCCAUCCUGUUCUUCACAACUCAUCCACUCGGAAGAUUGAAGAUUGCCUAGAAGUCUCGCAACCUUCCUCGACCCUCGACCCCCCGAACCAAAGCGGUGUGGAGGGACAAGCCGCUGGUGAGAACGCUCAGGGUGAAGAAGCACCGAGCAAACUCGGGUGA